AUGGGCAAGGUUGGAGAAGGUUACAUUGACUUGGCAGCUGCUGGUGAGCCGGAAAGCAAGCAAGUGGAGACCAAGACAGAUGCCAAGAAAGGAGAAGAAAGGGGCAGAGAUGCCAGCAAAAAACCCCUGGGCCCCAGACGGGACUCAGACCUGGGGAAGGAGCCAAAGAGGGGUGGUUUAAAGAAAAGCUUCUCAAGAGACAAAGAUGAAGCUGAUGGCAAAAGCGGAGAGAAGCCCAAGGAGGAGAAGCUCAUCAGGGGCAUUGACAAGGGCCGGGUCCGGGCUGCUGUGGACAAGAAGGAGGCAGGGAAGGAUGGGAAGGGAGAGGAGAAGGCAGCAGCCCCAAGGAAGGAGGACGAGAAGAAAGGCAGUGACAGGAGUGCAGGGACAAGCAGAGACAAGGACAAGAAGAGAGAGGAGAAGGAGAUAAGCAAGAGAGAAGACGACGGGAAGGGAAAAGGGGAGAGUAGGAACGCAGACACCAAGAAAGAGGGUGAGCAGAUGAAAAGAGGAAGUGGGAACACAGACACAAAAAGGGAGGAAGAGAAAGUGAAAAAAGAUGAGUCCAUAAGCGAAAAGGAACCCAAAGAAGAGAACAAGACCCAAGCGCAGGAGAAACCAGCCCCGGCUUGCCCCACCAAGCCCUCUGAAGGGCUUGCCAAGGCGGAGGAGGAAGCAGCUCCCAGCAUAUUUGAUGAGCCUCUGGAGAGAGUGAAGAACAAUGACCCAGAGAUGACCGAGGUGAAUGUCAACAACUCAGACUGUAUCACAAAUGAGAUCUUGGUCCGGUUCACCGAGGCUCUGGAGUUCAACACGGUGGUCAAGGUGUUUGCCCUGGCCAACACACGCGCUGACGACCACGUGGCCUUCGCCAUCGCCAUCAUGCUCAAGGCCAACAAGACCAUCACCAGCCUGAACCUGGACUCUAACCACAUCACAGGAAAAGGCAUCCUCGCCAUCUUCCGGGCCCUCCUCCAGAACAACACGCUGACGGAACUCCGCUUCCACAACCAGCGGCACAUCUGCGGUGGCAAGACCGAGAUGGAGAUUGCCAAGCUGCUCAAGGAGAACACUACCCUGCUUAAGCUGGGCUACCAUUUCGAGCUGGCUGGGCCCCGGAUGACAGUCACCAACCUGCUCAGCCGCAACAUGGACAAACAGCGACAAAAGCGACUCCAGGAGCAACGGCAGGCCCAGGAGGCUGGUGGUGAGAAGAAGGAUCUGCUGGAGGUGCCCAAGUUAGGGGCCCUGGCCAAGGGCUCCCCAAAACCCUCCCCCCAGCCAUCUCCAAAGGCCUCGCCCAAGAACUCGCCCAAGAAAGGGGGUGCUCCAGCUGCUCCGCCCCCACCCCCGCCUCCCUUGGCCCCGCCCCUAAUCAUGGAGAACCUGAAGAACUCAUUGUCACCAGCCACCCAGAGGAAGAUGGGAGACAAAGUCCUCCCCGUCCAGGAGAAGAACUCCCGCGACCAGUUACUGGCCGCCAUUCGCUCCAGCAACCUCAAGCAGCUCAAGAAGGUCGAGGUGCCCAAACUGCUUCAGUAGGACCAGACUGCCAGGGGGCACCAUCUGCCAAUGCCAAGGCUGCCCCGGCCUCGCCUCCCAGGGCCGCACAGACCCCACCCACCCCACCCUUGGCUGACCUGCUGUGGAUGCCCCUCCUCUGCCAUGGGAGAGCAUGAGGCUUGGCCACACUCAAGGAAGGAUGCCUUCUGUCUUCUCACUUUCCUUUUCUUGUCUCUGAGGCUCUCCAAAAAUUUCUUUUAUACCUGGAGCUGAGGUUUCUGGACAAGAAGAGUCCUUUUAGCAUAUCACUGAGAAGAAUGCCAUGCCUGGGGCCCAAGUAACUGGCAAGUUGCGAAAGGCCUGUGAUCCAGGGAAGAUGUCCUCCCAGGACCACAUAACCAGCCCAGCCCCACUGCCCUCCAGGGCCAGGAUUCAGGCCUCUGAGGAGCCCUUGGGGCAAAGCUGCUGGGCCCGUGGCCCUCUGUGUGGGACAAUGGCAGAAGAUUGAGAAGGGCAUGAGGGCCCAAGGGCAGAAGGAGGCAGGGCUGAGGAUACCCUCAAACCCCUCCUGGGCUAAUCAGAGGACAUGGCAGGGGCAGCUGGCCUGGUGGGGAGUGGGCUCCAGCUGGGAGGAGAGGGACAGACAGCAGCUGGUCCUGAAGGUUUGAUGCCAAAGCAGACAUUUCCCUCACACCCACCUGCUGUUGUAUAAAUAGCUGUGUAUCUGUUUUUCCAUAAGAUUUUGAUAAUAUAUACAAGCCUUUAGUUGUGAA